AUGUCUUGGAGAAGCUGUGGAGCUUGGAUGUGGGCACUGCUUCUGUGCGGCGCCUUCUUUGCACCAUGUGCCAGCUCUUGCCCAACUCUGUGCACCUGCAGUGGCACCACUGUGGACUGCCAUGGCCUGGGGCUCAAGAGCAUUCCGAGGAACAUCCCCAGGAACACGGAACGACUGGAACUAAAUGGGAAUAACUUCACUCGGAUCAACAAGAACGACUUUUCCGGACUCAAAUACCUCCGUGUUUUGCAGCUGAUGGAGAACCAGAUUGGAGCCAUCGAGCGAGGAGCUUUUGAUGACAUGAAAGAACUGGAGAGAUUGCGUCUAAACAAAAACCAGCUUCACCAGCUGCCAGAGCUCCUGUUCCAGAAGAAUCCUGCUUUGUCAAGACUAGACCUGAGUGAGAACUACAUCCAGGCUAUUCCUCGCAAGGCCUUCCGUGGAGCCACAGACAUCAAGAAUCUUCAGCUGGACAAAAAUCAUAUCAGCUGCAUCGAGGACGGAGCUUUCCGUGCACUGCGCGGGCUGGAGGUUUUGACCCUAAACAACAACAACAUCAGUGCCAUACCGGUGUCAAGUUUCAACCACAUGCCCAAGCUGAGGACCUUCCGGCUGCACUCAAACAACCUGAACUGUGACUGCAACCUGUCCUGGUUGUCCCAGUGGCUACGUCAGAGGCCCACGCUCGGUUUGUUUACACAGUGCUCAUCUCCACCGCAGCUCCGCGGGAUCAACGUGGCUGAGAUCCAGAAGCAUGAGUUCAGCUGCUCAGGUCAUUCGGAGAAUCCCAGUCCUCAGUUAUGCAGUCUUGCUGCUGGUUCCUGUCCUGCCAUGUGCACAUGCAGCAACAACAUAGUGGACUGCAGAGGUAAAGGACUGACAGCCAUCCCCGCCAACCUGCCUGAAAACAUGGCUGAGAUACGACUGGAACAAAAUGGCAUUAAGUCUGUCCCACCAGGAGCAUUUUCACCCUAUAAGAAGCUGCGCAGAAUAGACCUAAGCAACAACCAGAUCUCGGAGAUUGCUCCUGAUGCCUUCCAAGGCCUGCGUUCACUCAACUCUUUGGUGCUGUACGGGAAUAAGAUCACAGAGUUGCCCAAAGGAGUGUUCGACGGGCUCUAUGCUCUUCAGUUGCUACUUCUGAAUGCCAAUAAGAUCCACUGUGUCCGUGCUAACACGUUCCAGGAUUUGCAGAAUCUUUCCUUGCUGUCUCUGUAUGACAAUAAGAUCCAGACUUUGGCCAAAGGUACCUUCGCCUCGCUGCGUGCCAUUCAGACUCUUCACCUGGCCCAGAACCCAUUCAUCUGUGACUGUAACCUGAAGUGGCUGGCCGACUACCUCCGUGCCAACCCUAUCGAAACAAGCGGGGCACGUUGCGCCAGCCCCCGCCGCCUGGCUAACAAGCGGAUAGGCCAGAUAAAGAGCAAAAAGUUCCGCUGUUCGGCCAAAGAGCAGUACACCGUUCCAGGCACAGAGGACACCAGGCUGAACAACGAGUGCAACAAUGAGCCUACCUGCCCGGCCAAGUGCCGCUGCGAGUCCAACGUGGUGGACUGCUCCAAUCUACGGCUUACCAAGAUCCCUGAGCACAUUCCAGCCUCUACCUCAGAACUCCGUCUGAACAACAACGAGAUCACGUCUCUGGAGGCCACCGGCGCAUUCAAGUCUCUGACGCAGCUGAAAAAAAUAAAUCUGAGCAAUAAUAAGAUUGCAGAAAUCGAGGAUGGCGUGUUUGAGGGUGCUUCAUCGGUCAACGAGCUUCAUCUGACAGCCAAUCAGCUGGACUCUGUGAGGAGUGGCAUGUUCCGGGGUAUGGAGGGGCUACGCAUGCUAAUGCUCCGGAACAACCGCAUUAGCUGCAUCCAUAACAACAGUUUCACCGGCCUGCACAACGUUCGUCUGCUGUCCCUCUACGACAACCAGCUGACCACCAUCUCGCCCGGAGCUUUCGAUACCCUACAAACUCUCUCAACCCUGAACUUGUUGGCCAACUCCUUUAACUGCGACUGCAGGCUGGCGUGGUUGGGCGACUGGCUGCGGAGUCGCAAGAUCGUCACAGGCAACCCGCGUUGUCAGCGACCUGCUUUCCUUAAGGAGAUUCCGCUACAGGACGUGGCUCUGCCAGAUUUCCGCUGUGAGGAAGGUCAAGACGAUGCGAGCUGUGUGCCGCGCCCGCAGUGCCCAAGCGAGUGCACUUGCCUGGAGACGGUUGUGCGUUGUAGCAACAAGCACCUUCACGCUCUCCCCAAGGGUAUCCCGCGCAAUGUGACCGAGCUGUACCUGGACGGCAACCAAUUCAGCGCGGUGCCAAAAGAGCUUGCCACCUUCAAGUAUCUGCAGCUGGUCGACCUGAGCAACAACAAAAUCAACACUUUGACAAACGUUUCCUUCGCCAACAUGAGCCAGCUUACCACCCUGAUCUUGAGUUACAACUCACUUCGCUGCAUUCCGUCACUUGCUUUUUUAGGCCUUCGUUCCCUCCGUCUGCUGUCUCUGCAUGGUAAUGACAUCUCGGAGCUUCCAGAUGGCAUGUUCAGUGAUGCACUGACUCUGUCUCACCUGGCUAUCGGUGCCAACCCUCUUUACUGCGACUGCCGCCUUCGCUGGCUCUCAGACUGGGUAAAGACGGGCUAUAAGGAGCCUGGCAUAGCCCGCUGUGCUGGGCCACCAGAGAUGGAGGGCAAGCUCCUUCUAACCACACCUGCCAAGAAGUUUGAGUGCCAUGGUGAUGUGGACACAUCCAUCCUGGCUAAAUGUAACCCAUGUCUCUCCAAUCCCUGUCUGCACCAUGGCACCUGCCACACAGACGUAACAGAACUUUAUAAGUGCACUUGUACAGAAGGCUACAAGGGAAGGAACUGUGAGACAGCUCUCAAUGCCUGCAUCAGCAACCCAUGUACUAACGGUGGAACAUGCCAUGUUACAGAAGAGGGGGAUGGCUACAGCUGUUCAUGUCCUCUUGGAUUUGAGGGCCAUAGCUGUGAGAUCAACAUCGAUGACUGUGAGGACAAUGACUGUGAGAACGGAGCAACCUGCAUUGAUGGAGUGAACACUUACACAUGCUUAUGUCCACCUUAUUACACAGGAGAGAUGUGUGAGGAGCUAGAGGACAUGUGUUCUUUUGAUCGAAGCCCCUGCAAGCACCAGUCGACCUGUCUCAUUACCGCAACCGGUCCUAAGUGUGUGUGCGCACCUGGAUACGUAGGCGAUGACUGCAGUAUGGACUAUGAUGACUGUCAGGAACACAAGUGCCAGAACAAUGCAGAAUGUGUGGAUGAGAUUAACAGCUAUUCCUGCGUCUGUUCCAGAGGCUACAGUGGUCAGUUGUGUGACGUGCCACCUGCACCACGUUCCCCCUGCCAGCUGGCCGAGUGCCAAAACGAGGCUCCCUGUGUGGAGCGGGCAGGCCGGGCACUGUGUCAGUGUUUGCCCGGCUUCGGCGGGCCACGCUGCGAGAAGCUGGUCAGCGUCAAUUUCGUGGACCGGGACUCAUACCUGCUGCUGAGUGACCUGAAGAACUGGCCCCAGGCCAACAUCACCCUGCAGGUAUCCACCGCAGAGGACAAUGGCAUCCUCCUGUACAAUGGAGACAACGACUACAUUGCGGUCGAACUCUACCAAGGUCACGUCAAGGUCAGCUACGAUCCUGGCAGUCAACCUGGUCAUGCUAUCUACAGCACGGAGACCAUCAACGAUGGUCAGUUCCACACAGUGGAGCUGGUGACAUUUGACCAGAUGGUGAACCUGUCCAUCGAUGGAGGCGCGCCCACCACCAUGGGCAGCGUGGGUAUAGUGCGGCCCCUGAACGGAGACGCUCCGCUAUAUGUGGGGGGUAGGGGCCCAACGCAGAUACCUCGCUUCACUGCAGGCAUGCCUGUGGAUGUGCAUUCAUCAGAAGCACCGCAUACAUGGCACACCCAGAAUGGUACCAGCUUCCAUGGCUGCAUCCAGAACCUGUACAUCAACAACGAGCUGCAAGACUUCACCAAGACACAGAUGAAACCAGGAGUGGUGCCCGGCUGCGAGCCGUGCCGAAAGAUCUACUGCCUGCAUGGAAUAUGUCAACCCGACGCAGCUUUGGGCCCAGUUUGCCAUUGUCAGCCGGGCUGGAGCGGGCCUCACUGUGAUCAGCCCAGUGCCAACCCAUGCCAGGGCAACAAGUGUGUGCAUGGGAAAUGCAUUCCACUGGACAUGCAGUCCUACCGCUGUGAAUGUCAAGAGGGUUACCGCGGUGCCUUGUGCAACCAGGAGGGUGAGCUCUUCAACCCCUGCAAAAGGUUACAGUGUAAACAUGGAAGAUGCCAGAUUUCAGACACAGGUGACUCAUUCUGCCACUGUGAGAGCGGCUACACUGGAGAGCUGUGUGAUGCAGAAUCAGAAUGUCACGGCCAGCCAGUUCGGGACUUCUACCAGGUGCAGCGUGGCUAUGCGAUCUGUCAGACGACGCGCAUGCUCUCGUGGGUGGAGUGCAGCGGCGCAUGCCAGCCAGGAGCCUGCUGUGGCAGCCAGAGGACCAAGCGCCGCAAAUACACGUUCGAGUGCAGUGACGGCACCUCCUUCAGCGAAGAGGUGGAAAAGAGCAUCAAGUGCGGCUGUGUGGGCUGCAUGUAGCGCAGAGGCGGGCGACGAAGAGAUGGCGCGAGUCAGAGAGUAUACAGAAAUCUAUAUUAAAAAACUAUAUAUAUGGACAACGAAGUUUGUAAAAUAGAGGACUUUUUCUCCCUCCCUUCCAAUGGGUGUACGACGUAGAACAGAGCCAAAAAAUACUAAAACGAAGAAAAAAAAGUUGUAUCUGUGAAACGUUGUCAGAAAUCAUGAGGUUUCCCAUCCCAAUUUUUGUCCAUUCUUUAGGCCUCAGGCAGCCUUGAUGCGAUUUC